GAAACCCAAGCCAUGAAGCCGUCGCAGAUGCCGGGGGAGAGCUCUUGGGGCCAUGAAGUCAAGCGAGCAACCAUGGCUUUGGUGGGAAGUCUGACGCAGAAGCUACGCGAGAAUUCGAGGGCUGGUGCCGGAGCAUGUCGGAGCUCCGUGAACUCGGAAGAUCCUAUGAGAAAACUCAUGUUUCUGGGGCCAUGGAGCCACACAUGAAUCCAGUCGACUGCAGUUGCUUCGAUGCUCUCGAUCGUCUUGGUUGGAGUCGUAGGGGAAGGAGAAGGGUGAAUCGAGUACUGCAGUAUGAUCUCAUUGGGAACUUAUCCCCGUCAACGCAUAGAUAUUAUCAUGGAAGGAAGGAAGAUUACGACAUGGUGAUGAUAUGAACAUUGAAUGCUUGAUUCUGAUAUAU